AUGGCUCUGCACCGGCUCUGCCUUUACCUGCUCAGCUGCUCCGGCUGCCGGGCGCAGGGCCUGUGGGUCUCCCAGCCCGGCUCCGUGCAGGGCACCGAGGGCGGCUCCGUCACCCUGCCCUGCUCCUACAACAGCACCCGGGAGCCCCGGCUGGGCAGCUACACCUGGGUGAAGGAGGUGGCGGGCGCCCGGCUGGAGCUGAGCGACGGGACCCAGGAGUUCAGGGGCCGGGUGAGCCGGGCCCAGGACCGCAGCUUCCUGCGGGAGCGGAGAGCCGACGUGGAGCUGCGGGACCUGAGACCCUACGACACCGGGACCUACCGCUGCCUGGUGAAGAUCCCCACCCUGGGCGAGGGGGCGGGGAAUGGGACGUGGCUCCAGGUGCUGAAAGCGGUCCCCCCAUCAUCGCCCCCCCUGGCGCUGGGCGCGCUCGGCUUGGGCUUGGGCGCGGGCGCCGCCGUGGGGGUCGCUGGCGCAGCCGCCGCCCUGGUUUUGAUCUGCCACAAGAGGAGACGAGACCAGCGAGAAGUAGGACCCCAGAUGGAAGCCCCAAUGCCGGCCCCAGAGCCAAGCUACGCGGAGCUGAGGGUGAAGCCGGGUCGGCGCCCGGCGCCCGCGGGCGAACUCGUCACCUACGCCGCCAUCGGGGGCAGCCUCCGGGGCUAG